AAACCAUGGUGCGCGAAUGUAAACAAAGAUGGCGGACACAGAGAGCACUUGUACUAGUGUUGACGACAGAACAGAGGAUCUGGUUUCACCUACACGAGAUGCGUUAGUUGACGGAAUCGUGGGGUUAUUGAAGCCGUGUUUAGAUCAAUUAGAUGAGAGAGUCCGUGCUACUAGGUUAAGUCAGAGUGAGUUACAUCAGCAGUUAGAAGGACUUGCAGCUGAAUUGGCACGGGUACAAGAACAGUGUCAGUGUCCUUUGCAACUUGAUUCAUACAUCAAAAAGCUCCAAAAUGCUAAGAGGAAGGUGGUUGUAGUUAACAAUAUUCUUCAGAAUACGCAGGACCGUCUCAAUAAGCUUCAUUUACAAGUAAACAAAGAAACAGCACGAAGAAGAGCUUUGCUGGAGACUACAUCACCAUCUGCUACACCGUCUACUUCACUUCAUGCACCUUAAUCUCUUUCAUUUCAUUUUCAUAC